UAAAAUUCUGUCAAGAACUCAAGAGGACGUCCAUCUGUCUUUCUAAUGCUUUGUAAUAUAUAUUUUUUCUAUUUUAUAAAUUUACAAUUGGUAUAAAAUAUACAUAAAAUGGAUUGUAACAGCCGACAACUUGCUGAAGAUUAUUUCCUACGAGUACCAGUGGAUGCUCGAAUAAGGAAACACAAGGAAGAGGUAGAAGAUGAUCCUUAUCCAAAGCUCAAGGUGGAAAUGCAAACAAUUCGCCUUAAUUCCGAUUCACAGAAACUUAUUUUGGAUACUUUGAGAUAUAUACAUGGUCCUGAUUUUAAGUUAAACAGCGCUAGUCUAUAUAAGGACAAAGGGUCAAAUCUAAGUAACAGGUAUUGGAUGGAGAGAGGAAACUUAGUGGUACAAGGUGGCUGUGAUUACUCACUUAAUGCUAAACCUGACAUAAAAACCUCUGAAGCAAGGCUUCGAGACUUUGCAUUAGCAAAAUUAGAAAAUUAUUGUUUUCACAAGGCACAUUGUUCUGAAGCCUUAGAAUAUGCAGCAGAAAGUGUUGAAAAAGCACUAGAGAUUCUAUUUCAUAAAUACUUUAAUGUAAAUGAACAGGAAAAACCAGAAAAUAUACCAUCACAGUCUGAAUUAUUGGAAAUGAGGAUGGAUGAAAAGGCCGUAUUAGAAUCUAUUUAUGAUAGUAAUUUUAAAGUAAAAGAUAAUAGUAUUUGGAGUGUCAAACUUAAUAUGGAUUACUUAACGAAAGUAUACGAAAAUUCAAAUCCUGAAACAGUAAAAAGAAAAGAAGUUACAAAUCACAAUGCAAAUUUUAAAACAAAAAAGAAAGAAGCAUGUAAACUCUUUUUACGAGGAUCCUGUAGGUUUGGUGCUAAGUGUAAAUUUUUACACGAAAGUCCCGUAGAAAAUAAGAAAUCUAAUGAAAUCGAGAACAAAGAUAGUGAGAAAGUUUUUUAUGAAUUAGAAAUUAGAUUUCCCGAUGAUACUCUGUACCCUUAUGAACCCCCAUUAUUAUUUUUUAAACUCGGACAUAAAACAGAUUUGAUACCAGCACUGACGUGUUUACGUAUAACUGCAAGGUUAUAUGAGGAAGCUAAAACGUUAGCACAAGAUGGUAUACCAAGUAUAUACUCUUUAGUUGAAUUGUUAAGUAAUGAAGAUGAUAUAGUUAAUUAUAUUAAAUUUGACACUAGAAAUUUUCCUGAGCCAUCAGAUGCACUGUUUCCACAAUUAAUAGAAAAUUCGGAAGUUAAAGAGAAGGAAUUACCAUCUCAUUAUAAGAAAGGGGACGGUAGAGGUAAUAGAUCUAAUGUUAAUAUGGAGGAAGUAUUAAAGGAAAACAGUGAAAUAGCUAAACGUUUUAUGGAAAAAAGGGAAAAUAAUAGGUAUAAUAGAAUGAUGUCCGAUAGGAGAAAACUUCCAGCUUGGCAGAAGAAGCAAGAAAUAUUAGAUGCAAUGAAAAAAUCGCAAGUAAUAGUAAUAAGCGGUGAAACAGGGUGCGGUAAAAGCACACAGGUACCUCAGUACAUACUAGACGACUGGUUGAGUCGUUACAACAAGGAUGGAAGAGAGCAUGUUGAGAUUGUUUGUACACAACCGAGACGGAUAUCUGCUAUUGGCGUCGCUGAUAGAGUCUCUGAAGAGAGAGUUGAAAGAACUGGCCAAGUUGUUGGUUACCAGAUAAGGUUAGAAAGUAAGAUAUCAUCAAAAACUCGAUUGACAUUCUGCACAACUGGUAUACUUUUGCGAAGAUUAGAAUAUGAUCCUCAAUUAACAUCAGUGACGCAUAUAAUAGUUGAUGAAGUUCAUGAGAGGUCGGAAGAAAGUGAUUUCUUGUUGCUCAUUCUAAGGGAUCUUAUUAAAGUGAGAAAAGAUUUGACCGUCGUUCUUAUGAGUGCAACAUUAAAUGCUGACUUGUUCUCGAAUUACUUCAGCAAUGUCCCAGUUUUGGAAAUACCAGGUAGAACCUUUCCCGUUGAACAGUUGUUUGUAGACGAUAUUAUGGAUUUGACAAAUUACGUUUUAGAAGAAAACGGUACUUAUGCACGGAAAGUUAAAAAAGGUGAUAGGGAUAAGAGAAGUGAUUUCGAAACGGAGUUAGAAACAUGCGAUGUUCGUUCCGAAUCAACGGAACCACCAAAAACUUCGAUACGAGACGAAAACCUCUCGAUAUCACAAAUGGUAGCAAGAUACCCUAACUGCAGUAAGACGGCCUGUAAAAAUUUGUAUCUUAUGGACACAGAAAAAAUCAAUUUAGAUCUCAUAGAGCAUGCUUUGACAUACAUAGUAGAAGGUGAUCACCAGUGGCCAAGAGAGGGCGCUAUUUUAAUAUUUCUUCCCGGCAUCGGAGAAAUUAUGUCUCUGUACGAUCAACUUGUGGAAAGUCACACAUUCAGUCCGAAGACCGGUAAAUAUAUACUAGUUCCCCUCCAUUCAACGCUUUCGAGUGAGGAACAAUCGCUUGUUUUCAAGAAGCCCAGGGCUGGGGUCAGAAAAAUUGUUCUAUCGACUAACAUAGCUGAAACAUCGGUCACUAUUGACGACUGUGUGUUUGUCGUGGAUUGUGGCAGGAUGAAGGAAAAGAGAUUCGAUUCGAACCGUAAUAUGGAGUCGUUGGACCUCGUAUGGGUAUCCCGAGCAAAUGCAAAACAACGUAAAGGUAGAGCUGGGCGUGUAAUGCCGGGGGUCUGCAUACACCUAUUCACAUCUCACCGCUACCAAUACCACUUGGCAGAGCAACCGGUACCUGAAAUACACAGAGUUCCUCUGGAGCAGUUAAUACUGAAGUUAAAGAUUCUGCCGCUUUUCCAAUCUAUGAGUGUUCAUGAUGUUUUAGGGAAGACCAUCGAGCCUCCGCUAAAGGCUAACAUCGACGGAGCCCUAUCCCGCCUUCAGGAUGUGGGCGCUCUGGACCCUGGGUUCAGUCUCACUGCCCUGGGCCGUCACCUGGCCGAGUUACCAGUAGAUGUCCGUAUCGGGAAGCUAAUGUUGUUCGGAGCCAUAUUCUGCUGUGUGGACUCCGCCCUUACCAUGGCCGCCUUUCUCAGCCACAAGAGCCCCUUCCUAUCGCCCUUCGGGAAAAAGUCCGAAGCAGACGCGAAAAGAAGAGAAUUCUCUUGUUCGAACAGUGACCAGUUGACUACUUUACGAGCUUACAGGAAAUGGCAAGAAAUGCUCAAAUCGAGUUCACACGCAGCGCUGGUAUUCGCGAACGAUCACUUCUUAUCACACAAAACGUUAUCGAUGUUAGCGGAUAUCAAGCAUCAGUUACUGGGACUCUUGGCUUCUAUAGGCUUCGUACCGGAAAUGCCCGCUUUGAGGAAGAAAAUGAGAAAGGAUUCAGUCGCUGCAUUGACCGGUGAAGAGCUCAAUUCAAAUGGAAAUAAUGAUAAAUUGUUAUCAGCUAUAUUAUGUGCUGCGCUGUAUCCAAACGUCGUUAAGGUAUUAACACCGGAAAAAUCUUAUCACAUGCAAAUCGGGGGAGCCAUUCCUCGUCAACCGACGGCGGACGAACUAAAAUUCAAGACAAAAUCCGACGGCUAUGUAGCGUUACAUCCAUCUUCUGUAAACUCAACUGUGGGGUACUACGCUAGCCCGUACCUGGUUUACCAGGAGAAAGUUAAAACGUCAAGAGUUUUCAUUCGAGAAUGUUCUAUGGUACCCAAGUUACCUUUGGUACUGUUUUCCGGAUGUACGUUGGGUAUCGAACUACAUAAUGGUACUUUCAUAGUAUCGUUAGAAGACGGUUGGAUCAUGUUCCAAGUUGAAAAACAUGAAGUUGCAGAAAUGUUGAAGACUAUACGAGUAGAACUAAUCAAUCUUCUAGAAGAGAAGAUCAACGACCCCUCGUUAAACUUACUUCACUAUGAAAAGGGGAAUAGAAUAAUUAAGACCAUUGUUCAAAUUAUAACUAAAGAUUAAAUUAAUUGUAUGUGAAUGUUGUCUAUCACGAUUGUAUGAUAUCUGUUAUUUAUUUAAUAAUAAAAACUAAAUAAAAUAAUAAACUAUUGAUUGAUAUUAA